UUCUGGAAAGAGAGUUAUUAGAGAUGAUGCUGAUACGCAUGGUCCUGAUUAUGUUGACUCAUAUCAGCCUUCGGGUUAUUCUCCUCCAGGAUAUGUUGUUCCUCCAAUCCCUGCUUUCGGUGGCAGUGAUACUAUUCCUGCACCUGGUGCUGGAGUUUACCCUACCAGAGAUAUUGGAGGCUAUGGAAGCAUGCUUGUAGGACCCAGAGAUGCUCGUUUUUUCCCAAGGAUAGGUGGUGAGGCUGGUCUUCCUGGAGGACUGCAGGGUAUACCACCAGGUGCUCAUUUUGAUCCAAUUGGUCCACCAGGUGUUCCUGGUUUUGAGCCAGGUCGUUUUAUCAGGGAUCCAAGUAGACCGGGAAGUGGCAGAAAUCAUCCUGAUCUGGAGCAUUUUGGUGGCGGUUCAGAUUACAUAUAGUUGUUACUAGUUUUGAGAUCUGUGAACGCAUGGACCAUGUGAUGUACAAGAACCAAGUGAGAUGUUCAUGUGUUGUGCAUAUGGUAGAAUAUACAGAGCAUGUCAUCACAUAUUAAAUAAUACUCCGUAAAUUAUAAACUAAAUGAAAUGAUUACCAAGCAAAGAAGUUCAAAUUGUAUCAGGUUUUUAACUUAUCCACUUAAAAUUAUUUUUAACAGUAUAUAAAGAAUUAUUGAUAUUAUUAUUAGUUUUAUC